CGCCGCUCCCUCUGGUGUCGACAUUUCCGACCGCGCCUGAACGCAGCAGCAGCAGCGGCUCCGGUCUCUCUCCCGGUCUCGGUUAGAAGCUCCUCCGGUUUCCGUGCAGAGCUCCGGUUCAGUCACCGACAGCCGCUGAAGCCUCAGCCCGGAUUCAGAUCUGAGUUUGUCCCGCUGAUCCGCAGCCAUGAGUCCCCAGAGCACCCCCCCUCCAUCAUGCCCAUCCUCAAGAACCUCCCGGUGCGUCUGAAAGGCGGUCCGACUCUUGAGAACGCUCUGAUCCUGCGCAGGAUGAGCCUGAACAUCACCCCCAACCACAACCACAACCCCUUCGACCAUGACGAAGGUCACGGCAACCACUGGUCGCCGGGCAGCUCGCUGCUGGAUGGCGACGUUCCGCGGGACCGAAACCCGUUCGAGGACGAGGAGGAUGAGAACGAGGCCAACGAGGGGAAGAAGGGCAGCGGAGGAGGAGGAGGCUCGGUGAAGGGGUCCUUCAAGUUCAAGUCGCCGCUGAAGACUCUGGGAAAGCUGGGCAAGAACCUGAGAGAGUCGGUGCGGAGCAAAGGAAGUGACACGCCCUCCCCACAGGGAACACCUUCACCUGGAACGAAGAAGAAGAGAGGGAGGCGGAGCUCCGAGGGAAGUCUACUCAGAUUUGCAGGGAAAUACCGCGACACCCUCGGAUCCCGUAAGGACUCAUUCCUCAACGGAGAGUCCAACUAUUCGGAGAGCGAGGGCGACUCGACCAGCCGCCGUGUGUCCUUCAUGAAGAUGGUGGGUCUGGGCAAGAAGAAGGACUCGACGGCCGACCACUCGUCACAGAGCCCCGAGGACCAGCCGACGCAGGAGGAGGUGGUGGAGGUGGUCAAACCCAGAGAGCCGCUGUCAGUCCUGGAGAUCCUGCAGCUGGUGAAGAACCGCGACCUGCUGCUGGCCGACGUCCACAUCCUGGAGCUGGAGCAGGAGUGCAGCGAGGCGGACCGAGGCGGCGGCGCCCAGCCGGAGGACGGCGCCGGGCCCAGCGGGAAGGACGGCGGCAGGAAGGCCAAAGACGUGGAGCUGCUGUACGAGGAGCUGCAGAAGGAGCUGUGGGCCGUCGUCAGGGAGUCGCUGAGGUCUCCCACCGCCGGACCCAACCUGGGCCUGGUGGUUCAGGUUCUGCAGCAGGAGGAAGAAGCUGAUAGAACGUGGGCCGUCAGCGAGGACGCGUCCCCCGGGGGCCCGAGGCCUCGGCAGCUGAAGCAGCGCUGGAAGGAGGCGGUGGAGGAGGCGGCCGACGGCUCGCUGCCUCAGAGAGCCGAGUUCACGGCCGGAGAGCUGGACGGAUACCUGGACCGACUCCGAGCCCGAGUGGUGGAGGACCUGGGGGCCGCCAAGAGGAACGUGGUGUCCAUCUACCCCGAAGAGUACCAGUCCUUCCAGGUGUACGUUCAGAGCUACCACCAGGCCGUUGCCAGGCGACUGAAGGCGAUCACCGACAACCAGCUGGAGAUCACUGACAUCUACUCACUGCUGGACUGGCUGCACAACAUUUACAACAGAGAUGUCCUGGGGACGGUGUGCAUCACCAGUCCGUUCAGUCGCUCUGAGCUCAGUCCUCUGCUGCCGUCAGAAACCGUUGACCGACUGGAACUCGACUGUCUGAACUCGGUCCGGGCUAAAGUGACCACGGAGCUGAGCCAGGUGCUGGACGAGGAGGAGAAGAGGUGGAUGGAGACGCUGCACAUCGAGGAGUUCCAGAUCACUCUGGCCACCACCGUCAUACAGCGGCUGCAGGUGGAUCUGAAGCGUUCGGCCUCCAUCAACAGGAGUUUGGGCUCCAGAGUGGCUCAGUGCAGCCUCAACGGACUCGCCGACUUCCUGUACAGUUUCCAGCGUAAAGUGGAGAUGUUUCAUGAGGGGAUGCAGACCGGGAUGUUCGGAGACAACGAGGAUGGAUACGUCUCUAAAACCAUCGCGUUGGUCAACUGCUGUCCUCCAUUCAGGGGUUUUGUGCAGCGCUGUGCUCAGUGCGAUCCGUCGGUCAGCGAAGACUCUUUACGUCGUGCCAACAAGUGUCUGGAUCACAUCGUCCAUCAGGGAGUCAGAGUUCUGUCAGAACGCCUCUAUCUGCACAUCAGGCCGUUCUUCGAGCGUCUCGUCAAGAGGAAGUGGUUGAACAACAUGGAGGCGUACGAGCAGAUCGAAGCAGUGGUCAGAGAGUACUUUAAGAAGUACCGCCGGAUGGACAGUCCUCCAUACCAGCUGCUGGUGGGCGAGGUUCACCGCCGGGUGGUGAUGGAGUAUCUGCGAUCAGUGAUGAGGGGACGAAUCAUCUGCACCUCCAUAAAGAUGAGGAAGAGGAUGGCCGGACGACUGAGAGAUGAAGGACGACGGAUCAAAGUCCUCUUUGAAGAACAGGAGUCUGAGUGCAGCUGGUUGGACAGCGCUUUGCCCCACAUCUCUGAGAUCAUCCAGCUGGAGGACGUUCCCUCCAUCCAGGUGGAAGUAGGAGUUCUGGUCCGAGAGUUUCCAGACGUCAGGAAGAAGCAUGUGUCGGCCAUUUUGAACAUUCGGGGGACGACCCGGCAGGCGGAGCGCCAGGAGAUCCUCAACAUCGUGAAGGACAUCGAGAGCAGCGACGGCGGUGCGACGCUGUUGUCCCGGGACAGAGCCCUGUUUGCAGAGGUCCCGGUCACCUCCGAGGUCCACUGCCUGAACGUGGGCCUGAGCCGGAUCGCUCUCACCGCCUCGUCCUGCUUCAGCACCAUGAGACCGCGACGCAAAACCAGGACGCCGGCUCAGGAAAACCUGGAAGAGGUUCUCUGAACGGAAUCCAACUCCAGUCCCAGUCUGAACCAAGGUGGUUUUAUUCCUAAUUUAACUCCAUUUUCUAGUUUCAGCUGAUUUUUAACAACUAAACCGACUGAACUCCGUCUGGUAUUAAAACAUCGACUCUACCAACGACUGAACUGAGAAGAUCCUCUAUCUGACCGACCCUGAUGUUGUUGUAGCUAUAAUUUGAACUUUGAUCAGAUGGAAGUUAACAUCUCUAAUUUUUGCUGCAGUUCUUCGGAUCCUGCUGAUGGAAGCUGAUUGUGUUUUUCGAUUCUCUGAAGUGUCUUUGAUCCCCAGAGAACCGGUUCAGACCAGUUCAGCCUCACUGGAGGGAAUCUUUCAGGUGGAACAAAAGGAGGUGAAAAUGGACUAUGAGACUAACUGCUUUUGAUCUUCUUGACUCUUGAAGGAGAAAGUUAACUUUGGAGGAUCUUCAUUGAACAAAAAUAUUUGCAGACGAUGGUUGAGGAUAAAACUGGACUAAAAUUGUCUCUUCUGUCGACUGCUGGGCGUUGAGCUGGAUGACUGAGUGUAGAAAGCCUCUCGAUGAGACGUUCAAGAGUUUCCAUGAAACAUUGAAAGAACCAGUUCUGGAGCCAUCUGUCAUUGACAGAUUGGAACUAAAUGUCUGUGUUUGGAUGGAAAACCAUUUAUUUUUCACCUGGAAACAAAAGAUUCAACCAAGUAUUUUUUUGGUUUCGUUCAGACGGAAGCUGUUCCAACACUAACCGCUGCUAAAACCAAGACGUCUGUCAGCCAAGAGAGUCCUGACUGAAAACCACCUUUAAGUCCAACCCACUAACCUCCUCCUGAACCAGAUUUUCACUUUGUUUUCCUGCAGGAUGUGGAGCUGAGAGGCACUUUAUAGAGGAUCGAUAAAAGGAAACCAGUUCUGUGGCUGUAAUCUGGGUUCAUUCUGGGGUUUCAGUAGUUUCAGACGAUCUUUAAUGUGUUCAAAUGAAAGUGGAGUUUGGUUUGUGGAAAGUUUUAUUGUUGCACAAGAGAAAAAAGAAAAUGUAAUCAAAGGUACUAGACGAUGAUCUGAGUCUCGGUUGGUUUACUGAGUAUUUAAAGCAGUGAUUUUAGUUCCGGUGUGAUGAGUUUUAUUCUAAACACUUUUAGUUCAGUUCUUUUCUUCAGAAUAUCUGGUGUUGAUUUAAACUAAAGAUAUAAAAGAUAUAUUCUAAUGGUUUUAUUCAGCCUUUCCUCACAUUUCAGCAUUUAACGGUUUUACAUGUUUUAGCUCUUAACCUGCAGAUAAAGAGUUCGAUUCAGUUCCUGAUAGUUUAGUUCCUGAUUGGAUUGUUUAAAGACCUUUGUGUUCUUUAUUUCAGAUCUGCUCCUUUAGUUCCACCCGUCUGUUGUAAAUGUGGAUGUAUGUAAUGAAUCUGUACAGAAAUCAGCUCGAAAUGACAAUAAAACACAUCAGAUUCACCGUU